AGCCGGCCAAAGACGUUUUGCAGCACUGUUCUUUAUUUUUGCUUUGACAAACCAAAUGUUUUGUUUCCCGGCGUAAAUAUGUCGAAUUCCGUGAAUAUUUCAGUGGAAACGACUUGCGAGAACCAGAUACGUGAGAUUGGCUACGAUGGCACCGAGUUGUAUCAGCCGCCGCCGACUUUGUCCGAAAGUCUGGCGAAAUGUGCGGCGCGUAUAGAUUUUAGUAAGACGUCGCUGGACGACCUCAAGAAGGAGGAGAAGACGGCGGCGGCGGCCGCCGAAGAGGACAAGGACGCCACGCAGUUCCAAGAGAGCCUGUGGCCCUGGGAUGCGGUGCGCAACAAGCUGAAGGACGCGCUCACGGAGAUAUGUGUGCUGUCCGAUGUGAUCUCCAUCGCCAAGGAUAAGCGUUAUCUGGUUCUUGAUCCCUUGCUGGAGGAGGCUGACGACACCAAGCCCAUUGUGCAGGUGUACAGCCGCAAAAAAGCCAUCUCACAGGCAGCCCAAGUGCUCCUCGGUGGCGCUGAACGCCUGCGGAACGCCCACAGUGAGCAGCGCAACAGAAAUGUCUCAGACUUCCACAUAGAGCUACUGCGCCUGCGACAGAACUGGCGCCUAAAGAAGGUGUCCAAUGCGAUUAUCGGGGAUCUCAGCUACCGCACAGCGGGCUCCAAGUUUGGCAUGAGCGGCACCUUCGAGGUGACCAAAGCCGAAGAGACCGGGGAUGAGGACACCGCCAGCUCAUCCAACAGCAGUAGUAGCACCUCCGGCAACAAUGGCAUGCAACUUAAAGCCAGCUCCGCAUUGCGAGUGAUUGUACCAGCAGAGUUGCAGGGAGUUGCCUACAUUAAGGUGAUUACACAGAAGGAUCAGGAGGACUUGUGCACCGCCCAGGUUAAUCUGAUGGGCCACGGACCCAAUAUAACAGCCCAGGUUGGAGUGUGGCAGAAGACGCUGGAGUUCGCUCAGAAUGUGCUCUUCUGCAAGGAACUAUUCGCCCAGUUGGCACGUGAAGCUAUCCAACUGCAGGCGCCAAUUCCACAUGUGGUCAUCGGGAACCAAAUUCGCGCCACCCUGCUGCCUAACAUCCAACUUAUUAUCUCGUUGUGCCACUCAACCACCUUUGAUUCCAGUCAGCCGGCGCCAAUUAACGAUCAUGACCAUGUUCUGGAACACUCGCUGCAUCAGCUUCUGCGGGAGGUGCACUACAAGAACUCACACCAUCCCUUUCCCCAUCCGGCCAGUGCUCCAUUGGGACCAACUAAGAAACGCAUGCUAGCCGGUCCAAUGGCAGCGGAUCGGGAAACGUUAUUGGAUAUGACCAAGUCACAGACUAUUCUCGAACAGAUCAUAGCCCAGGCGCAGCACAUUUUCAUGCGCAAACGAACGCAAUACGUGCUCGACACGCUGGCGAGAGAUGUAAAGGACCCGCAGAUUGUGUCGCAUUGGAACGCCAUGAACAGUCCCACCAUGUCGUGUGUAAAGAUCAACAUUGUAACGCACGGAUACGAUGCCAUUGGACGUACCUCACUGGUGAUCCACGUCAAGGAGCGCUCUCUUAAAUGCAUUUGUCGGGAUGGACGCGUUAUGCGGCUGUCCUACGAGCCGCAGGAACUCCGCGACCUGAUCCUCUGCCAGAUCAACUCUCACCAGAUCUCUUGCCUGAUCAGCCUAGCUCGCUGCAUGGCCUGGACUGUGCUGUCGAAUAGCAACCACUUGGGUGUCGGAAAGGUGGAGCCGCUGGGCAAUGCCAGUUCCUGCCUUCUGGCCUCUCCCAAUAGCGAUCGCAUGAUUGCCGUUCAAAUUCGCUGCGAUCCGCAGAUAGAUGUUAAGGUUUAUAUAGCGAGAAGUCCACGACAGGAUUUCUUCCCAAGUCCACUUGUACCAGAAAAGCUGUGGGAGAAUCUGGGGGGCACUUUCAAGGAGGUGAGGUUCGACAAAAUCGAGGGCAAGAGCUUUCUCAACAAAAUGGAGUUUCUGAUGGCUUCACUGACCAGCAAUUCAGCCUGAAAAACCUUCACUUGCAUCCACUAGUACAUAAAUCGAUUUAGAACUCUGUUUUAGGAAUUAAUUAAAGUAAAAAGAGUUGCAUUUAAAUUUA